ACGCCUAAUGAUGCGUGCGUGUUUGCACUAGUGUGUGUGUGCACGUCUAUGCGUCUGCAUACCUUGAUAGCAUCAAUCUACGCUCUCCUUUACCGUCUUUCGGUCUGCCCCGGAAACCUCCUUCUCACGUUCCUGCAGGUUCUACCACCCCCGCCGCUCUCACGCUUAUUUCCGAACACGGGAUUGCUGACAUUUUGCCUUCAUGGAGGAUUACCACAAACCCGACCAGCAGACAGUGCAGGCUUUGAGGAACAUCGCCAACCGCCUCAGGAUCAACUCCAUCAAGGCCACGACUGCAGCGGGCACCGGACACCCCACAUCAUGCUGCAGUGUGGCCGAAAUCAUGUCUGUGCUUUUCUUCCACACCAUGAAGUACCGCCCUGACGACCCCCGCAACUUCCACAGUGAUCGCUUCCUCAUGUCCAAGGCUCACGCUGCACCGGCCUUGUACGCCAUGUGGGUAGAGACGGGCUUCCUGAAGGAGAGCGAGAUGCUGACUUUGUGCCAGGUUGACUCUUCGCUGGAGGGCCACCUCGUUCCCAAGCAGCAAUUUGCGGACGUGACCACUGGCUAUUUGGGACAGGGGCUGGGUGUGGCCUGUGGCAUGGCGUACACGGCCAAAUACUUUGACAAAGCCAGCUACCGCGUUUACUGCCUGCUGGGGGAUGGAGAGAUGUCCGAGGGCUCCGUGUGGGAAGCCAUGUCCUUUGCUUCUUACUACCAGCUGGACAACCUGGUGGCCAUCAUGGACAUCAACCGCCUGAGUCAAAGUGACAACGCACCUCUGCAGCAUCACGCCGAGAAGCACCAGAGACGCUGUGAAGCUUUUGGCUGGCACGCCAUCAUUGUGGACGGCCACAGUGUGGAGGAGCUGUGCAAGGCUCUGAGCCAACCGCGCCAUCAGCCCACCGCCAUCAUCACCAAAACCACCAAGGGCAAAGGCAUUCCAGCUGCAGAAGAUAAGAUGGGCUGGCAUUCCAAAACGCUGCCCAAAGACAUGGCCGAGAUGGUCAUGAAGGAGUUGCAGAGUCGAAUUAUGAGCACCAGCAAGCACCCCUACCCCCCUUGCCCUGUGGAAGACUCGCCCCCAGUCAGCCUGAGGAACAUCCGCAUGGCCAGCGCUCCCUCUUAUAAACAUGGAGAAAAGAUCGCCACGCGUAAAGCCUACGGGAUGGCCAUCGCCAAGUUAGGCCGCUACAACGAGCGCGUGGUGGCUCUGGAUGGGGACACCAACAACCUCACCUAUGCUGAGAUCUUCAAGAACGAGCACCCUAAUCGCUUUGUGGAAUGCUACAUUGCCCAGCAGAACAUGGUCAGUGUUGCCAUGGGAUGCGGCAGCCGUGACAGGAACGUCGUGUUUGCCAGCACCCUGGCAUCCUUUUUCACGCGGGCCUACGACCAGCUCCGUGUGGCAGCCAAGUUAGACAGCAACAUCAACCUGUGUGGCUCCCACUGCGGCCUGUCCACCGGAGAAGAAGGCCCCUCCUUGAUGGGGUUGGAGGACAUGGCUAUGUUCAGGGCGCUUCCUAUGACCACUAUCUUUUAUCCCAGUGAUGGGGUGUCCACAGAGAAGGCUGUGGAACUCGCUGCAUCCACAAAGGGUGUUUGCUACAUCCGGACCAGCCGUCAAGACAGCGCCAUCAUCUAUAACAGCAAUGAAGACUUCCAUGUUGGACAGGCUAAGGUGGUGUACCAGAGCAAAGAGGACCAGGUGACUGUGGUGGCUGCUGGCGUGGCUCUCCAUGAGGCUCUGGCUGCAGCCGAACACCUCAAGAAAGAGAGGAUAUCCAUGCGUGUCAUUGAUCCAUUCACCAUCAAACCCCUGGAUGCCAAGACCAUCAUUGAGCACGCACGCGCCACCAGGGGAAGAAUCCUCACCGUGGAGGAUCACUACUAUGAAGGUGGUCUGGGUGAGGCGGUGUGCUCGGCAGUGAUCAACGAGUCCGGCUUCAGUCUGCAUCGUCUGGCCGUCUCCCACGUCCCGCAUGGCGGCAAACCACAAGAGCUGCUCAAGCUCUACGGUAUCGAUCGCGAUGCCAUCGCACAGGCCGUACGCAAGAUGCUCAGUACCUCCACCAACGCCAAGUAAAACACACCCCUUUUUCCUCUUAAGUCUCUUAACCGGGGGGUGUCCAAACCAUGGCCACGUACAGACAAAUUAGGGAUGCAGGAUAAUUACUGGACCAAUAAUGAUCAGGCUGAUGAAUCCUAUAACACUAAAAAUAGCUCUGAUAACUCAUCAUUUAAAAAAAAAACACUCCAAUGAGGCGAGGUUACCAAUAAAAAUGGAGCCGCACUUUGGACACCCCCUGUCUUAAAGAGUCACAUGACAUUUAAUUCUCUUUCUUCCUUCAUCUUUCCUCAAGUCUUGUGAUUUUGAGCUGUACACUUCAAGGUAGAAUUCCACUUUUGCUCUUGUUUCAUGCAUCCAUCUCACACACACACACACACACACACACACACACACGUCUUUUUACAUGUUCUACAGUUGUGAUGCUUUCUUGUGUUUUGUUUCGGGGGGGGUGGAUACUUUUCAGGUAACCUCAUUAAGGUGGCAGUGUUUUAUAUAUACAGUACUGUAUGGUUCCAUAUGUCGUAGCCGUGAUUGGGUGGGGUUAGCAUUCAAGUAGUUGUCAUGACGACAGUGUCAGAACGACAGAAAGGUGAAUUCUUGUUUGUAGAAGUUAGUGGAGGGGGGGAAAAAAGCAAAGAAAAGAAAUGUAGACUGGUUGUAUCGCAAUCUUUUAGCGCAUUCCAACGUAGCAGCGUGUGUUCUGUCAUUGCUUUGUCAUCAGCCCAAAACGUUACGUGCACACCUGAAGGCACCAGCACGUGGCUUUUUCAUAUGUACAGUACAGUACCUCAGGUCACAUCAUCCUAAGAAGUGUUACUUGAAGCUUUGUAACUGCUGUUCUUCAUGUAAUAAAGCCCUCUGCAUUUCA